AAUGAGAUAAGUCACUCUCUCUGUGUAAACAUCAUCUGCCUCAACUUGGCUCAAGAGUCGAGACUUCAAGAUAAAUAAAUAAAAAUACUACUAUCUUGUGAUCUGCUACUUGCAUCUAAUGCCACAUUUAUUUCAGUGUUAGUACUUGUAUUUCAACAUUAUCUUCUUCUUUCUAUUUAUAGUAAGACCAUAAAUAUACCAGCCAGGGGAUUGGCUAACGACCAAAGGGAGAAAGUGAAGGCUUAGUGGGGUUGAAGAAUGGAGAAAGAAGAUUUGAAAUGGGAGCUAAAUGAGGUGGAACUAGCAGAAGAAGAAGAAGAGUUGGUGGGUCUUCAACUAAGAAGCUCUAAAGCUACUAAAGAAUUAACCAAUGGGAAAAUUCAGACAAAUGGGCAUUCAAAUUCUUCCCCAAAGUUCACUAAUGGAACAGAAAAAUCUGAUCUUGGUGAUGUACAAGAAAGUUCAGAGGAGAAACUUUCAGAUUCCAAUUAUGGGGUUGAAGUUGAAGAGGAAACAGAACCAAAAGAAGUGUCAGUUCAGCAAGUUUUAGCUUCAAUUAAUGGGGUUGAAGAGGGAACUGAAGCUCAAAAAGAGUCAAAACAGCAUCUUGUGAUAUCAAGUAAUGGAACAGAAAAAUCUGAUCUUGGUGAGGAACAAGAAAGGUCAGAGGAGCAGCUUUUAGCUAAUAAUGGGGUUGAAGUUGAAGAGGGAACUGAACCACAAGAAGUGUCAGUUCAGCAAGUUUUAGCUUCAAAUAAUGGGGUUGAAGAGGGAACUGAAGCUAAAGAAGAGUCAAAACAGCAGCUUGUUAUUUUGACUAAUGGGACUGAAAUAUCUGAUCUUGAUAAUGAACAAGAAAGAUCGGAGGAGCAGCUUUCAGAUUCCAAUAAUGGGGUUGAAGUUGAAGAGGGAGCUGAACCAAAAGAAGAGUCUUUACAGCAGCUUGUAGCUUCAAAUAAUGGGGUUGAAGAGGGAACUGAAGCUAAAGAAGAGACAAAACAACAGUUUAUGAUAUCAACUAAUGGGACUGAAAAAAUUGAUCUUGAUUAUGAACAAGAAAGGUCAGAGGAGCAGCUUGCAGAUUCCAAUAAUGGGGUUGAAUCUGAAGAAGGAAAAGAACAAAAAGAAGUGUCAGUUCAGCAGGUUGUAGCUACAAAUAAUGGGGUUGAAGAGGAAACUGAAGCUAAAGAAAAGUCAAAACAGCAUCUUGUGACAUCAACUAAUGGGACUGAAGAAGGGCCCUUCAAAUCAGGCCAUUCAGUUUAUUAUGACAAAGAUGAAGGAAUAUGGAAGUGUCGAGUCUGCAGUUGGACUUUUCAAGGCAAAAGCAUAAGUAUUGAUUGGACAAAGAUUCCUAGGGGCCACUUGCAUAAGCUGAUGAAUUACCCAAUGUUUGAUCAGAGGGGACUUUUAUUCAGUUUUGGAAGUGAAGAUAGUAACUUCACUUCUAUACCUUCCAUAAAGGAGAAGAUCGAUAAAAAAUCAGGAGAUGACGGAGUUCAGGAGAGUGCUGUUCUGGACAUUCAACUUAAUGGAUAUUUGAAGAGUGACAACUUAUCAAAUUCAGGUGCUCAGCCAUCCAAAUAUCUUUCAGAAGAUCACAGUGUAGUUCAUAAGUCCACAUCCAUUGAAGAAAUAGAAAGUGCAGACACUGACCUGAUAAAUGACAGUGACACUGAUGUAAAAGAUUAUGAUGUUGAGAAUGUACUUCAGAAGCAGAAUACACAUGAUCUUUAUUGCCCUAAUUGCAAGUCGUGCAUUACUAGGAGGGUUAUUCUUCGUAAAAGAAAACGAAAGAUUCGAAUUUCUGGUGAUGAUGUCAAGCGUAACAAACUCGAAGGUGUAGUUGACUACAAAGUGGAUGCUAGUCAUGCACAGGCAACUAGUGAUCAAGUACGCGAUCGAGCCGACACUUCUCUUGAUGGUACUCCACAAUUGGCAGCGGAUGAUUACCAGCCUGAUAGAGAGCCAGAGAUAUUCAGAUGCCUAUCAUGCUUCAGCUUUUUUAUUCCAACAGGGAAUGGAUUCAAGCUGUUCCGAUUUUUUGGAGAGAAAGGUGAUAAACAAAAUGUCAAAGGUGAACAGAUACCUACGACGAACAAAAAUUGGUUCUCCUCUAUCUUUGCAUCAGAUAAGGGAAAAGCAUCAGUUGAGAAAGGAAGUGGUAUUGGGGCAAAUGCAGUGAAAAAUGAUGCCAGAGUACUUACGCCAUCAGAUAAUUUCAAAGAUCAGAGUGCCAAGCCCUUAGUAAUUAGGGAAUCAGCCCCGCCUGCAUAUUCCAGCAGUGGAACUCAGGAAGCUGGAGGGAAAAUUUUAGGAUCAGAGAACCAAGAUGCAAAAAUGAAGGGGAAAAUGGCGAUUGAUAUAGUGGGUAAAUCAGAGAAUGCAACAAAGACUCAACCAGGAGUUUCUGUCUUCGACAUCUUUGAAGAAGGGAUCCGUAAUCUGCCAGAUGUUGCAGCCUCUUCUGAGAAAGUUCGAGGAAAUGAUAGGAAUGAUGAGCUGUUAAGAACUGCUGGCAGAAUUCAAGUUAGUAAUGGAAAUCUUGCGCAGGAGAGUCUGCCAGCAUCUCAACAAACUGGAUCAAAGGUUCUGAUAACUUCAACAAAGGAGGAGUCUCUAACUAUUGAGAAAUCAGGGACUGAGUUAAAAUCUGAUGUGAUGAUAACUUCAACAAAGGAGGAGUCUCUAACUAUUGAGAAAUCAGAGACUGAGUUCAAAUCUGAUAUGACGUUACUAAAUAAAGGUCCAGAUAAUGAGUCCCUUCUGUCUUCGGCAACCACAGCUUUUGCACUCAAUGGCUUAGAUGGAAAUGGGAAACCCAAGUUUUUGACAGAAAUCCCUCAAGAACACGAGCAAAAUAUCAAAGCCAUGCUUCCCUCUGAGUCUCCGGUGGAAAACAAUGGCAAUAAUUUUCAACUUAGUAAUAAAGAUGGUUCGGAUCCUUAUGAAAUUUCUCAACAUACCAUCACAAAGACCAAAUUUGAGAUCCACUCGAAGCAGCCUUUAAAAGUUGAUAAGGAUGCAUUAUUUUCAUCGGUAAAGGAUGCUUUAUCAAUUCACGAUGCACCAGUUAACAUCACCAACAUUUCUGUGGAAGCAGCUGCAAAUGGCAUUGCAGGCAAGGAUACUGUUAUAACUGUGGAAGCAGGGCAUGAAACUACAGAAACUUCACCAAAUCUAGUUACUCAAAUCCAUUUUGUUGAACAACAAGGAACUGAUGCUGCAGAAGGUUACAGAAUUGAGAUCAUUAAAAGCAUUAUAUUUGGGGGUUUAGCUGAGUCAAUUACAAGCUUAAGUGUUGUAUCAUCUGCAGCUGGUGGCGACACAACUACAUUGAACAUUUUAGUUCUGGGAAUGGCUAAUCUGAUUGGUGGACUUUUCAUCAUUUUCCACAAUAUUUGGGAGUUGAAAAGAGAUCGUUAUGAGCAAGCCAGCAACCAGAUAAUGGAGAGACAUGUAGAUAGGUAUCGACAACUACUAGGGCGGAGAGAAAACUUCACACUGCAUGCCGUAGUUGCUGUACUAUCAUAUAUCAUAUUUGGACUAGUCCCUCCAAUAGUCUUCGGCUUCUCAUUCCGCAAGAGUGAUGACAGGGAAUUCAAACUUGUGGCAGUUGCUGCAGCUUCGCUUGCAUGCAUCUUAAUACUGGCAAUUGGAAAGGCUUAUGUUCAGAGAGCACCCAAACCUUACUUCAAAACUAUAGCUACUUACAUUAUUUUGGGGUUCACUGUUUCGGGUGUGUCUUAUGCAGCAGGUAUAUUAUUCAAGAGACUGCUGGAAAAGCUUGGGUUUUUCCAGCCAAGUUCAACAGUAAACCUGCUCCUACCGGAGAUACCAGGCUCUGGAGGAGCCUGGGCGUCCUUAUGAUGAAUACCUGUAAGGCUGUAACCUCCCAGAGUAUCCUCUAGUUCUUUGUGAUUUCCUUUGGCAUUUUUGUUUAGCUUUAGCCUGUACACAUACUCCUCCACUGUUAUUUUGAGUUUAGUUGUCGGCGAAUGGAAGAAAUAGAAACCCUGAUCUGACUGUAAAAUGAAAGGGAAUCUCAGAUUUAUAACAUUUCUUUGAGUAAAUUGAAAUAAACUUUUUUACA